AUGGAGUGCUCCUGGAAGACGGUGCUGCUGCUUGUGUGUGCGUCUCUUGGGGUCCAGUACACAGCUAUCCGCACCCUGAGGGACUCUCUGUCUGGGCCCUGUCACGGAACCUACCGCUGCCAGACCAGACACCACAGAGACUCCAGGUGGAGAGCCUUGUGCGAUGACAGCUGGACGCCCGUCGAUUCGCCUCGGAAGCAUAUCCUUCUGUUUGCCACCACGCGCAGUGGCUCCUCCUUCACCGGGCAGCUCCUCAACCAGCACCCAGGGGUCUUCUAUGUGUUUGAGCCUCUCUACCACGUCCAGCAGGCAUUCACCAACUCCAGCAGCAGGCUGCGUCGCACCCUGGACCGCCGGGCCCUACUGGGAGCAUACAGGGACCUCCUCCUCAAUCUGUACACCUGUGACCUUCAUUUCAUGGAGAAUUACAUCCGUCCGGACCCCCAGGACCACGUCACAAGCUCCUUCUUCCGCCGAAGCUCCAGCCACGCACUCUGUUCCGCUCCCGUUUGCGUGGAUGGAGGGGAUGUGACGGCAUCUGCUACACCUGAUGAAACCUGGUGUCCCAAGAAGUGUGGGGCCCUGAACCUCACCCUAGCCUCUAUGUCAUGUCUGUCAAGGGAUAAUGUAGCCAUCAAGACUGUGCGGGUCCCUGAGGUGGGGGACCUGCGCACCUUGACAGAGGAUCCACGUCUGGACCUGAAGAUCAUCCACCUGGUGAGAGACCCCAGAGCCAUCCUCGCCUCACGCAUUAUGGCCUUCUCAGAUCAAUUCCGCGCUUGGAAAAUAUGGAACGCGACAGGGCGGCAGCCUCGGUAUGUGGACUUGACGCAGAUCACCAGUACCUGCAAAGACAUGGCAGCCUCUGCAGAAACAGGCCUGCAAAGGCCAGCAUGGCUGCGGGGACGCUAUCUGCUGGUUCGGUAUGAGGACCUGGCGUUAAAUCCGAAGGACAAGGCCACUGAGAUCUACAGGUUUGUGGGGCUGGAGAUGGAGGACAGGGUGCAGAUGUGGAUUGCAAAGAACACCAACAGUAACAUGUCGUCCCCGUCAGAGUGGAACUACAGGUACUCCACCACCAGAGACUCCAGAGCGACAGCAGAGAGCUGGAGGCUUCGUCUGGGCUUUGACAUCGUGAGGACUGUGCAGAAUCUGUGCAAUGACACUCUGGCUCUGCUGGGAUACAAGCAGGUUCACUCUGCAGCUGAACUCAGAAACCUGUCCCACAGUUUGGUGGAACGCAGGACCUUUUAA